UUAUUACAUGAUUUCUCGGGUUUCUAUUUCUCAAAUAACUUGCAAACCGACUUUUUAAACCGGGUCGCAUCCUUUUUUCACUUUCUCUUCUCAUUUUAUUUUUACUUUUUUAAGAAGUCGGCUAGCACCCCUUUAUUACUGUCAACCUUCUCAGCAUACAACACUCUAUGGCAUCAGCCGCCUCACCAGAUACAAAACGAUUAGCAAAACCUAUCCACAUACAAUAUCUUGCAAAUCUACCGCAGCCGCCAAAUGAUCCUGUCAGAUAUUUUCUAAAGCUUGUUCUGGAUGAUCCGACAAGUUGGCACGCCGACCUGCAAUUUGUAUUCGGCUACUAUCAUGUUUAUGUGCAUAAAGCCGUACUCUUUUCACGCACAAACGAAGAAUGGAGACGGAUCUUUUUGCCGGAGCUUCAACCUACUACCAUGUCAAUCAAGUUGGACCCCGAUCAUUCAAGCUAUGAACAUUUUAAAGCCCUCGUAGAAUUCAUGUACCUGGGUCACUUGGAAGCUGUAAAGCAUUUGGUGGGAGUUGCAUUUCGAAACGAUGUCACUGAGUUCACACGGCUGGAACUUCCUGGCUUGGAAAAGAACCAUGAAUCCAGUGACUCACAAUUUAAGCGCCACAUCGAAACCAUGGGAAGGGACGGUGUAUGCAGUGAUAUUGACAUUGUCGUCGACCACGUCCACUUUCCAGCGCAUAAGUUCAUGCUGUCGGUUGCAUCGCCUUAUUUCAAUGCCAUGUUUUCUGGGGAGUUUGUCGAGGCAGCGGCUGCUCACAUUCGACUACCCUCCAACGUGUUCAGCCCCGACUGCUUAAAAGCCAUUCUACGGUACAUCUACACUGGCGAAAUUGAAGCGUUUGAAUCCAAUACAACUUGCCCCACCGAGCAAGUUGCUCCACUGCCCAUCCAAAGUAUCUCCCUCAAUCACUUGCCAUCUUCCUUAAUCGCUAAGCAGCAAUCGUUGUAUCAGCUACAACGAAUAUGGAUUGGCGCUGACUAUUUAGGUAUGACCGAUACUUUGUGCGCCCAGGUGCUUCGAAACAUGUAUGGAAUAUUGCAUAAGCUGGACUGCGUCUGUCAGGACUGUCAAUCUCUUAUACCACAAAAUCUUAUGUUUGCUCACAAGAACUCUAUUCACGCGCUCGAAAAUGCUUUGCUAAGAGGACUGCUGAGUGAUCCAGAGAAAUCUGUUCCAACUAUAUGGGCUCACCGUCACUUUGCGAGGGAAAUUACCGAUACUGAGAUGCGCCAGCGUCUUGUUGCAUACACGGUUGCUCGAGUUCAUCGCCAUAACGCCAUACAAAUAUUGUACGCUUGCUUUAGUGCUUCCAAGUCACUCACUGUGAAAGACCCGUUCAUCGCAUGGUCACCACCCUCACACUCUCUUAUCUCCUCCCUCACGUCAUAUGCAACCCGUCACAUUGCCGAACACUUCUUAUUUUUUUGCACAGAAUACCCAACCCUACUAUCAUGUGUAGACGGAAUCACCUAUACCCUUGACUUUUUAGAGUUUCUGCUACAGCGCCUACUAGAAGACGAAAUGAAGGACGCCAAUGCUGGUAUCUUGUAUCAAGGCAUUGUUCUGCAUUUAAUGUGUAGAGAAGCCGUUCAAAGGAAUCUAAAUGCCAGAAGCAUUCUGAACGUCGCCAGGGAUAUGACUGUCAAGUACAUUGAACGCAGGCUACCUGAGGUGAAAAACAGUGGAUCCUUGAAUGCCCUGGACUCUACAGUUCUGGUUGCAUUAGCAGAAGAUCUCUCUGUACCUUACCGGACGCUUUCGAGAACGCAUAGUGCAGAUAAACUUCCCAACGGAUUUUUCCCAGGAAGGCGACGAUCAUCUAGCAGCAGUCGAUCAUCGCUUAAUCAAUCCUCCAUCCUUGUCGUCAGAUCGUCGCUCUCUAGGAGUUUAGACAACCAAACUUUGACCACCUCGCAAAGAAUUUCAAAUGCAUUCAGCAAGCGCGGAUGGACAAGGCGUGGUUCGGCGGGUUCAGUAGCAUCGUCCGCUGGCUCGGCAUCUAUGGAAUCGGCUGCGUCACUCCCCACUAGCUUAUCUGGCCCAUCAUCACCAGUACUCGUACCACUGCCACCAUCCCACACAUAUGACAUUAAUAGCGCUGGUAGCAGUGAUGUAUCUGUUAGUCCACUAACCCCACCUGCUUCGCCACCACUGCCUUGCUCAAACACAGCGACCCGCGCUUCCAGAUUAAAAUUCGUAUUGCCUCCUAAGCCACCUCACCAAUCAUCCUAUGCUAAUGGUACCUACCAAGGACAUGCUCUCAGGCUUGGUAUGAGAGUGAGAUUGUUGAGGAGAACCGAUGACACUGUUGGGACCAUUCGAUUUAUCGGUGAAGUUGACUUUGCGGAUGGAACGUGGGUCGGAGUGGAGUUAGACCGAAGAGUUGGGAAAAAUGAUGGCUCAGUAGACGAAAUGAGAUAUUUUCAAACCACUGCAAAUCGAGGUGUGUUCGUCAAAUCUGAAGAUUUAGCCGUGGCACUGUAGAUUUUUGUAAUACUUGUAUGCUCCCAUUAAAUAUGCUAUUCAUACCGACAUUUAACCGAAAUGAUCAAAACAUUUAUAAAAAAAAUAAUU